AUGGAACGUGAGCGCGAUCGAGCCUCGGGCUCGAUUAACAGUCCUCCCUGGUUUGAUGGGGAAGACUAUUCUCAAUGGAAAAUCAUGAUGAGAGCUUUUCUUCACUCUCAAGAUGAAAAUAUGUGGAAUGUUGUUGAGAAUGGGUGGGUUCAUCCAACUAAACCUGAAAAUCCUAAAGCUAGUGAAUCCUCUGCUUCUAAAACAAUUCCUAAACCAAGAGCUGAAUGGAGUGAAACUGAAAUUCGGGAUUGUAACCAUGAUUUCAAGGCAAGGAAUAGUUUGUUCACCGCCUUGUCAAAAAAGGAGAGAGUUAGGAUCAGUCACUGUGAGACUGCCAAGAAAGCUUGGGAUCUUCUCCAAGUUACGUAUGAGGGAAAUAAAAGGGUUAGAGCUCAAAAGCUUCAGAGAUUGGUCUUAGAGUUUGAAAACAUGUCAAUGGGGACUGAUGAGUCAAUAGAUGAUUUCCAUGCUAGACUUAUCAAUGUGACGAGUCAGUGUCAUAGCCUUGGUGAUCCGUUUGAAGAACAUCGUAUUGUUAAGAAAUUUCUGAGGUCUCUUCCACCUAGUUUUCAGUCUAAGCAAACAGCCAUAGAAGAAGCCCAAGACAUUGACACCUAUUCCUUAGAUGAACUUGUGGGGAAUCUCAAAACUUUUGAGAUGAGGAUCAAUCCUGAAAAGAAGGUGAAAAGUGUUGCUUUUAAUUCUGUAAAAAAGGAAGAAGAGACUGAGUACAGCUCACGCAUGGGCAAAGCUUUGAAAUCCACCUGGAGUGAUAGUGAGUCAGAUACUCAUUCUGAGAAUGAAGAAGAGAAUCUUGCACUUACCUCAACUCUUCAUAACGAAUCCUCUCGUGAAUCAGAUGAUGAGGAGCAUUCGGAUGAAGAGAUGGAUGGUAAGUACAAAGAACUUUAUGCAGCGUCCAGAUCAAUUCUCAAGAAAAACCAUUUGCAAAGUGAAGAGAUUGUCUUGAUUAAGAGAGAGAAAAAGAAAGCUGAGGAUAAGUUGGAGUCAUGUAUCAAAGAGUGGGAAAGUGAAAGAUCUGAUUUUGUUGAUCAGAUAAAGACUCUUCAGGUAGAAUUAAAAUCCCAAACCUCUCUUGCUAGUUCUUUAGCUUCUGAAAAGGAAUCUCUAAAGCUUGAGUUGGAAGAUGCUCAACUAAAGUUUUCGAAGUUUUCAAUCGGGUCAGACAAAGUGUCUAAGAUGAUUGGAAUGGGUAAACCUGAUAAUGACAAAAAGGGGUUAGGCUAUUGUGGUGGUGAGAAUUCUAAACCUCUGAACUUUGUGAAAAGUUCAAGUAUGAGACAACCUGAGAAGGAGAGACGUGGUCUAGGGUUCAGACCUUACAAUCAGGUUAGACGUCCUAGCUUUGAAAGAAAAUCUUUUGUGCAUCAAGUCGAUCAUUCUUCGUGGUCUAGGAACUUUACACCUAUUUGCCAUCAUUGUGGGACUCCUGGGCACAUUCGCCCCAGGUGUAAUUUACUACGGAGAGAGUCUCAGAGGUUCUGGAACUCAGAAAAAGAGAAUCAGAAACUAUCAUUGAAGAUUAAGUUGAAAGAACAUCUGAAAGAGAAUUUGUUGAUGCUACCUGCUUGCUUUCUUCCAUAUAUCCUGCUUCUAAUGAUUUUGAGGUUGUUGAAGCAACAUGUUUAG